GUCGUUGGCGGGUUUCGAAUUUUCAGAAAACCGACUCCAGAAGACUAUAUAAAACUACGCAAAUCAAUCGAAUCCGUUAAUAAAAAUCUAAGAAUCACCGAUUUUUUCACAAGAAAAGAUGACAAUAAUGACAAUAAUGACAUGACCUUGAUCUAA